AGGUCACUAAUUUCCCAUAAAUUUUUCUGCAUCUAAAAAAUUCCCCAGUUUCUGAGCAUCAUCAUCUUCAUUGAAUUAACUCCUCACAGAAACGAAAAUGCAAUCCUUGUCACUCAGACUGGGCAAGAGGCUCUCCGAUGCUUCAAAGCCUCACUGGAGAAUCUCACCAAACCUUCUCGCUCAUGCAUCAGCCACAUCUUCCUCCCCUUCCCCACCGUCACCUCCGAUCUCCGCCGCCACCAACGAUACCGCCUCCACUCUCAACAACCUCCUCUCCGCUCCAUGGUCCGCAUCUCAAACCCGCGGAUUGACUUUCUCCGGAUCUGAUGUUAAAGUUGGAAAUCUCUUUGAGAAUCGAGGACGCGCUUAUGAGGUUCUUAAGCUAUAUAACUCUCAUGAAGGAGCAGGAAAAGCUGCUAUCAAGGUUCCACCUCAUAGCGUAGCUGGUUAUGCCACAGUUGCUGCUACUACAGAAGAUGACAUCAAAAGGAAGGAGCGAAACAGUGGAUUGAGGAAUCAAGGCAUAAAGACAAAGAGAGAGCAGCUCCUAAAAGUUACUGCAGUUGUUCCCCUUCUUUUAGUAUACCCAAACGCCUAUUCACUGCUCGCGGCAAAUUUCUUCGUAUUCUGGCACAUAAAUGCAGGGAUCGAAGAGAUUUUGGCAGAUUAUGUUCACCAUGAAAUGACCAGGGAAUUUAUCUUCAUUUCUCUCAGGUUGUUCUUGAUAAUAGCUAUUAAGGAUGUUUUCUUAAACUUCGUAUUUGUGUGAUUGGAUAGAGCUUGGAUGCCGCUGACAUUGCCUUACAAUAAGAGCUCCCUGAGGAGCAAACUUGAGAAACCUGUUGAAUAGUUUUUUUCGCUUCUUCAACUUAGAGGCGAGGUAACAUGAUAACUUCAUGAUUUAUCAAAGUUAAUGGAUGAAUUAUAUUUUGCUUGGCAA